AUGACCAGAGACGAGGCCAAGGCUUCACCAAAGCUGAUUAGAGGUACAAUUUUGCUUUGUGGUCACCAGAUAGAUGCUUUGUUUGAUUCUAGUGCUACACACUCUUUUAUAUCUGAUAAUUGUGCCAAGAGACUAAACUUGCAUGUGCUUGAAAUGCUAUUUGCCAUAAAUGUGUCUACACCAGCUGGUGCAUUUGUGAGGACCAGUCAGGCUUGUUUGAAACUAGAAUUAAAGUUUAGUGAUAGAGUUUCUGUGAUUGACUUAAUCUGCUUACUUUUGAGUGGCAUUGAUGUAAUAGUAGGGAUGGAUUUGUUGUCUGCCAAUGGUACGACACUUGACUGUAAUAGAAAAAUAGUCUCCUUACCGGUUUACACAGCGACAAUUGUUAACCAUGAACCUGUCAAGUCAUUGUCAGUAGUGGAUUUGUAUGAUGGAGGAAUGGAUAUAAUUGGUGUGGUGAAUGAGUUUCCACAGGUGUUUGAUGACCAAAUGUCAGGAUUGCCACCUGAAAGAGAGAUUGAAUUCUUCUUAAUUGCUUUAGUACCUGGUACUGAGCCAAUCUCUAAGGCUCUGUAUCAUAUGGCUCCUGCAGAACUAGAAGAAUUGAAAAAGCAGUUAGAAGAGUUGCUAGAGAAGGGAUUCAUCUGA